CCGGCCAGCUCUCAGUACUCAGUUACAUGCACUGCACUUCCUCUCACUCGGAUCUCUUCUUCGGUUCUUCUCCUUCCUCCGGCCGCCGACAUGGUAGGCAGCAAGACGCACCACCAUGCCUCCUCUUCCCUCCUGCCGGAGGAGCUCAACCUCCUGCAGAAGGCCAGGUGCUCCCCUGACGACGGCAACGGCGUCGUCCAUAAUAAUAAUGGUGGAGGAGGAGGACGGGGCGCGCUGGGGCAGUGGAAGUGCCGGCUGCUGGACUCCCUCCGGCCCCGGCGCCCGCGCUGCGUCGUGUGCCUCCAGGUGCAGCACGUGACGGGCAUGCCCCCGGCCGCGGAGGGGCGCGGCGUGGUGGUCGGGUGGAGGAGCAAGGGCGGCGAGGGCGAGCACACGGCGCCUGCGCGGGUGUCACGCGGCGGCGCGGCCGCGUUCGACGAGGUGUUCCUGCACUACUUCACCGCCGGCGGCUCCACGCUGCGGAGCUUCACCGUGUGGGCGGUGCUCGUGGAUGAGGACUCGGCUCCUGGGGGCGGGGACAUCGGCGCGUUCCCGGUGGACCUCGCCGAGGCCGCCGCGGCCGAGAGCUCACACCCGCAGUUCGGCGGCAAGGCGCUCAGCUUCCCGCUGGGCGGGGCUGCCGCCGGCGCCGUGCUCACGGUGAGCGUCUACUGCAGAGUGAUGGAGCAGGAGGAGAUCCAUGGCGCCAACGGCAAUGCGAGGGAGAGGAAGAACAAGGGAAAGAGCGCGUCGUACGCGUCGUGCCUGCCGGACCUGAGCUGCCUCCGGACCCGGCCGUCGGCGGCGGGGGCGGCGAUGGGGGCGCCGCGGCGGGCGACGUCGCUGCGGUCGGAGCGGGGCGGGUUCAUCACGAUCGAGAACUCGGUGGCGGAGAUGGAGGAGGAGGAGGGGUUCAUCACGAUGGAGAAGGGCACGGUGUCGUCGCGGUCGCGGCGGGCGGCGCUGGCGCUGGAGGCGCUGGCCGCGGAGGAGGAGGCGGAGGACGAGAAGCCGUGCCUGUUCAUGGAGCUGUCGUCGUCGUCCGGGGAGGCGUCGGCGCUGGAGGUGGAGGGGGUGGAGGAGGAGUUCCUGGCGAUGCUGGAGGACAAGUACUGGGCGGAGAUGGCGCGGAGCAAGGAGAUCGAGAAGGGGCUGAGCGUGAGCCUGGACGCCGGGCUGGACCUGGGGCUGGACCUGGACACGCUGAUCCGGGACGCGGAGACGGAGCUGGCCCGGGCGGAGCAGGCGUGGAGGAGCAAGGUCGGCGCCGCCAUCGUCGAGGAGGAGGAGUACAAGGAGCUGCUCCGUCGGUGGGGCAGCGGCGCCGCCAGGGACCGGGACCGGGAGCACCUCGCCACCUCCAACUCCGGCUGCUCCUGGGGCUUCGGCUUCGGCAGCCCCAUCUAGUGCAGCCAACUGAACAUCAUAUAUACUUACUAUAUAUCGUCACAUCACCCAUGUAAUCCAUGCAUGCAUGCAUUGGGUCAUUGAGCCUAAGUAAAAGUAGUGUGUUAAAUAUUAGUAGUACGAUUUGCUUUUGUAAUAUUGCAAAGAGGAAAGGAACACGAACCAAUCAGAAGGCUGCUCCUGUCUUGGUUCAU